AUGGCUGCUAUCAUGGAGGAUUCGGGUUUAGAUAUGGAAGUUCCUGUCAACACAAUUGAAUUCAUUGCCGUCAAGGAAGAGAAAAUUGAAGAUAUCAGUGAAGAGAACGACCUUAGAAUAAAAGAAGUCAUCAACGAUAUUGAUGAAGUGAAUGCUAUCUAUAUCAAGACAGAAUAUGAGGUAAAUACAAGUAAUGAAAGUCCGGUUCAAGAAGAAAUCAACAAUCUGAGGGAAGCAGUUACAAAUGGCUUAGACGUUUUGAUGUGUGAAGAGGAAGAUCCAUUGCUCUUGACAGAGCCGUUUGCUUCCAAGACCAUGUUGUUUGCUUCCGAGGUCUGUGGGGACCUCCGCUCACUAGACCAUAAGAAAGGCAGUAAUGAGGAAAUGCACAAAAAGCUGGAUGCAAAGGAGAAACACUUUAUUUGUGAGAUCUGUGACAAGAAAUUCACUCGCAGAAGUAAGCUUUUAAUUCACCUUAGAGUACAUACAAGAGAAAAGCCCUAUAGUUGUGAUGUUUGCAACAAAGCCUUCUCUCAGAAACAUCACUUAGUGGAACAUGUGAGAAUCCAUACAAAAGAGAAGCCUUAUACCUGUGAAAUAUGUUCUAGACCUUUCUGUGGGAGAAGCAAUCUUGUGAAACACAUGAGAGUGCAUACAAAGGAGAAGCCAUUUAGUUGUGAUAUGUGCAAUAGAGCUUUCUCUGAGAAAGCUGCUCUGGGGAGACACGUGAGAAUACAUACAAGAGAAAAGCCAUUUAAUUGUAGCUUGACUCUUAAACUAUCAAUUCCUUUGGUUUCUUUCACCAAGGGAAGAAAAGUCAAUAAGACCAAAGCUUUGUUCCUAUCUCUUGUGGCCUUUUUUUCAAGACUGAAGUAUUACAACUUGGUUCUGAAGAUGGAACUCCUUGAGACCCCUUCACCAAUGCCUUACCAUACUAAUAUAUGA